UCUAAGAUGGCAGCAGGAUGUGGUGUCUGCUCCUCUGCUCCUCUCCGAGCAGUCUCCGGGCUCACUGGUCACGGGCUUCUGUCCAGCUGUGCAAAGGAACGAUUCUGACCACGUGAUCAUCCGAGUUCCCAUUCCCUGGAGAACUGAGGUCUCUUGCUCUUCUCAGCGUCCCCGGGUCCCACGGUAUUUUCCAGCCCACUCUUCCCUUCUGCACUCACCCAAGGAGCCCAGCAGCCACUGCGUGCGAGAUGCUGCCACCUCUGCUGCUGUCUGUGUUGUGGGCAGGUGAGUAGGUCCAGGGAGAGGGGCAGUGGGGUCUGGGAUGAGCUGAAUCUUGUUUCCCCACAGGAUCUUUGGCUCAGUAUCCAAGACACAAGCUGCACAUGCCAAAGUCAGUGUCGGUGCAGGAGGGCCUGUGCGUCCUUGUGCCCUGCCGAUUCUCCUACCCCUACUUUGCCCUCAAGACUGGCUCUGUGUUUGGCUUCUGGUUCCGGGAAGGGUCCGAAUCUCUCCAUGACUUGCCAGUGGCCACAAACAACCCACAGCAACAAGUGCAGGAGGAGACUCGGGGUAGGUUCCGCCUCCUCUGGGAUGCACAGACCCGGAACUGCUCCCUGCACAUCAGGGAUUCACGGAGGGGCGACAGUGGGCUGUACUUCUUCAACACGGGCCGAGAAAAGUUCAGAAGAAGCUUCUAUUGGAACAAGAUCACUGUGCAUGUCACAGCCCUGACCUACACCCCCGACAUCCUCAUCCCGGGGACCCUGGAGUCCGGCCAUCCCAGCAACCUCACCUGCUCUGUGCCCUGGGCCUGUGAGCAAGGGACGCCCCCCAUCUUCUCCUGGGCGGGGGCCUCUGUGUCCCACCUGGGCCCCACCAUCAUGAACUCUGCGGUGCUCACCCUCAGCCCCCAGCCCCAGGACCACGGCACCAAUCUCACCUGUCAGGUGUUGCUCCCUGGAGCUGGUGUGACCGUGGAGAGGACCGUCCAGCUCAACGUCACCUAUUCUGCAAAGAGUUCCACAGCUGGUGUCUCCCUGGGCCGCGGCUCAGGGAAACCAGGGCCCAUGGCGGAGGUGGUGCUGGUGGCCAUUGCAGAGGUGGCUGUCAAGAUCCUGAUCCUGCUUCUCGGGCUCUGCCUCAUCUUCCUCAGAUUGAGCUACCAAAGGAAGAAGGUGGCAAGGCCAGAAGUGGACUUGGACGCUGUCAUGAGUUAGUCUCAGCCUUCAGGAUGUGUUGCAGACACAGUCAGUGUCCACUUCCUGCACCGUCUAAACAGCCACAUGUCCUCUGCGUGGGUGGAGACAGAGAGAAACGCCAUAGCCAGGCUGGAGGCCUUGCCUGAGCUGUGUCCUGCUGGAUUUUCCCAGAGCGCAAUCCUAAAUAAUUUGGGGGAAAAUUCAUUUCAAAAUUAAAUUAUGAUUAGGCCUAGUUUUCCUGCCUAUGGACCCCCAUGGCAUGUAAAGACAUCAUUCCAUUUUUUCCUCCAGUCAUCGCUAAAAUUUCAAAUGUCUCACAGUGCUGUGACACUCCAGGGCAGGAUUACAUCAACUGAAGACAUUUUGGUUCCUUGAAAACCAGGUAAAAGAGAAAGAUUUCACCUGGGGAAGGACAAAUUCUUAAUCAACAUAAUUCCCUCAGAUCUAGGAUCUUCAUUGGCAUAAAUUCUUCUUUAUCCUAAGAUUGUG